AUGGGCCGUCCUGCUGCCAUGACAAAGCUGGGACCGAAACGAGUUCACACGGUUCGGGUUCGGGGUGGAAAUUUCAAACUGCGUGCAAUGCGGCUUGAUCAAGGCAACUUUAGUUGGCCUUCUCAAGCCGUUUCGAGAAAAACUAGGAUAAUUGACGUGGUUUACAAUGCGUCCAACAACGAAUUGGUUCGAACGAAGACAUUGGUGAAGAACGCAAUUGUACAGAUUGACAGCGCCCCAUUCAGACAGUGGUUCGAGGCUCAUUAUCUGAAGGAGUUGGGUCGUCGAAAGGCACCUACAGGGAAAGCUGCUCAAGCAGCCGCCGCCGAAAAUGCCGAGGAGGAUGUUCUGUUGAAGCAACGGAGCAAGUCCGCUAUGAAAAAGUAUGAGGCCCGGCAAGCUUUGCCUCAGGCAAAUGUUGAGGAUGCUUUAAAAGAGCAAUUUGUCUCAGGCAGAGUAUUGGGUAAGUCUCAAAUCUUGGUGUACCCUUAUAUUUCAGCCUGCAUUUCCUCCCGACCUGGACAAGUUGGUCGUGCAGACGGCUACAUUCUGGAGGGCAAAGAACUGGAGUUCUACUCUAAGAAACUGAAGGCAAAGAAAGCCAAAUAA